UCAGCGGAGCCAACUGAGCAGGUAUGUAUCCGACGAGCUGUCCGUCACACCUUCAGCGCCUCAGAGAGCAAACGCACACAAACAAAAAGGCUCUCUGGAGGGUUUAACCUGGUCUGGUUCAGGACUCUUCAGGGCUCUUCAGGGCUCUUCAGGACUCUUCAGGACUCUUCAGGACUCUGCUCCCUCGGACAUGAAGUGUGUUGCACCGCGGUCGGGUUCGGUCCUGUGUCUGAGCGUGCACGUGUAGCAGUCGCACGCACACACCUGUCCCUGCUGGAGGUAAAGGGACCUCGUAGCCACUCAAAGGGGGCUCUGGGGGGUAUCCGGCAUCCAUGGAGUCCAACCUGUCGUGCCUGUCCUCGCUGAAAGAAGAUGGCGAUCCGGUUUACAUCCAGCCUCAUUACAAGGAGUCCUACCGCCUGGCCAUCUACGCCCUGCUGUGCGGCGGCCAGGAGGCCUACGAGGAGUUCCUCCGGGCCGAGCAGAUCAGCCACUUCCUGUCGGAUGAGGAGAUCCUGUACGUUUUCCAGAAUGCGGAGAUGCCGGUCGUGGAGGACGACGAGGACGAGGACGAGAACGACAGGAAGCGGGCCGUGGACGAGGACGGCCACUCCACCUACUUCCCCACCGAGUCGGACGAGGAGGUGCCCGACCUGGACCUGGGCUGGCCCGAGGUGUCGCUGGAGAGCGAGGACACCAGCAUCAGCCUGCUGUUCAACCCGCCGCGGCAGAACACGCCCACCAUCAAAGAGGUGGUGCGCAAACAGAUACAGGAGGCGAGGCAGAUCGUCGCCAUAGCGAUGGACGUCUUCACCGACGUGGACAUCUUCAAAGAGGUCAUCACCGCCACCUUGAGGGGCGUGGUCGUCUACAUCCUGCUGGACGACUCCCACUUCAAGAGCUUCCUCACCAUGUCGCGCAGGGUGGGCAUCAACAUCCAGGACUUCAAGAACAUCCGCGUUCGGACGGUUCACGGGCAGCGGUACCAGUGCCAGUCCGGGGUGAAGUUUCAAGGAGAUUUGGAGCAACGGUUUCUUCUGGUGGACUGCCGAACGGUGUUGUAUGGAACAUACAGCUACACGUGGUCGUUUGAGAAGAUCAACCUCAGCAUGGCCCUGGUGAUCACCGGUCAGCUGGUCGGCUCGUAUGACGAGGAGUUUCGCAGACUGUACGCUCGCUCCACGGUUCCCAGGGACAGGUCACCCGUCCAGUACCUGAGAGACCUCAUAGCCCAGAAGAGCCCCAGCCUGCUCGCCCUGCACCAGCUUCACAUGCGACCCAAAGUAACGCAAGGCAUAAGGAGCGCCCACAACGAUCGGUUCGGCAACGCCGCCGGUAUGACCAGGGGCCUGAGCAUGCAGGAGAGGCUGCAUCAGUCUCACUGCUUCGACAUGGGGAAUCUGAUGCGGGGACACAGCUACGCCGGCGACCUGCAGAAGUUACACUCCCUGACUCGGCCGAGGAUGGGGACCGAUGACGUGGCGGACUCUUUCGCUCCAGAGAAGCCGGGACCUAACCCAAGGGGGGUUGGCGACGUGCUACCGAACCGGUUGUCUCACCAGCACCUCAGGCACCAGACUCGCUACGGAGCGGACCAGAAUCUGAUCCCGUUCAACUCUGAGACGUCCCUCAACAGGUGGAAGAUGGACACGUACUUUAACGACAGCGAAGUGCCUCUCGAUGCAUCGUGCGACACAAUAGCGUCAAUGAUAUCUCCGUAUAGCAGUCACACCGCCUUAAACGAGCAUCAGCCGCAGCUGAUUCACAACAGGAUGAAGGGCAUUAAGUCCAGGGUGGAGGAAAUGAGGAAGAAGAGACUCAGUCUGCAGGACUACACCAACCUCAGGCAGAGCCAAGAGUCCUUGAGGUCUGUGUAUCAGCCUCUGGAAAGACCUAAAUAUAAGUGGGGUCUGGACAUGAGGCAGAGUGCGGCGGAAUUAGAACCGAAUGUGCAAAAUGGGUACGGUCCAGAACCGGCCGACCACAAAGACAGCAAGCGAACGCUCACCGAUGCCCAGCGCUCCGCCUCCCACCACGACGUUGCAUCGGCUCCAGAUCGCAGGAAAAUGCAGACGUACGACUGGCACGAGCCCCUCACCAGGACCACCUCCGCCGCUGAUUUCGACAUGACGAUGAACAAUCCGUCGCUCAAGCUCUCUCACCUGCAGCCCAGCGGCCUCCAACACCCGAGGGCGAUGGAGGCCUUGACUGAGAUCCCGGAAGAGAAAGGAGAGGGCUCGCGCGUAAACAGUUCGGACUCGGCUGCAUUCAGAGACGAAAGUGAGGAGGUUUGCAAAGACGAGAAUGAUGUCCCAAAGGAGGACUCUGUUAAAUCCAGCAUACCUGCAGACUCACAGUGCACGGAUGAAUCCAGAGGAAGCCUGGGCUCUAUAAGCACAGUGGCCAACAGCUCCGACUUGGCUGCUCCACGGGAAAGAAAGAAAUCAACCUCCAGUGAGGUGCCAACUGUCCCCAAGAUCUUAAACCCUUCUGCAGGACCUCAGCACUCGCUGGAGGCUAAGAAUGGUCACGGGGAGAAAAAGAAAAAACAGCGCCAGGACUCGCCCCUUCAACGGAAGAGCUCCUUGAGGAUGAAAGUCUCGGCGUUGCUUUUACAGGACGAAAAGAAAGCGCACAAGAAAGACGAGAAGUCCCUCCAGAGGAAGGGGUCGCUGAGAUCGCAAAGCUCCUUGGGGUCGAACCAAGUUUCCAGGGCGGACCGUUUGGAGGCGCCCGCGGCAGAGCAGCCAGCCAAGAGAGUUCCAUCGCCGAGCGCCUCCAGGUCGCAGGAGGCACCCGCCGGCCCGGCGGCGCCGCAGACGCCGAGGUCUCCGUUCACGAGAUCGUCUUCUCAGCGUUCCAGCAAAAAAAAGACGCCCUCCGUGGUGGCUGAGCAGGAGCGGGGCUCGAGGAGCGCUGUGGACGACGAGGCGGCGAUCGUCUACCACACCCGGAAAGCCAAAGUCUACAGCCGCUUCGAGUACAUGCUCAACACCGAAAUCACGGGGGCGAGCGCGUCGCCCUCGGAAAGAGACGGACGCUCCUCCCUGAACCGGAACGACUCCGCGCACCAGACGCAAAGCGGCGCCGACAACAAACUGGGACGGUUCAUGCAGCGAGUAGGAAAUCUAAUGGGCAAGAACAAGUAGAGCCCAGCCGGUGACGAGGAGGUGGCCGCCGGCGCCCGAGGAACGGCGUCGGUUCUGGAUUUUAUUGUGGCUCCCACACAGAGACAGACAUUGAUUGAUUUAUUCCUUUUUAUGUUAGAGUCACGCUUCAGAUGAAGCCCAGCCACCAAAUUUCGUUAACUAACAUUUAUUAAACAUGAAGCAAAAAACAAAUAAGUGCCAGACAGAUAAAAACAAAACAAAGCAA